AUGCUAGGAAGUCUAAGAGUAAGAGUUUUCGUAUGUGCCAUCGAAAUCACUGAGAGCAUAAUCAACAGUGCAUAUGCCAUAAAGACGGUUCUUUUUAUAUUGGAGAUUCUCAAGCAAGCUUGUGUGCUUGCCUGGAAAGCUUUAUGUAUAUGGAGUGGUGGGCCUUAUAGCCAUGGUCAUCCAACUGGAAGCAAUCAAAGGAGUAAGCUUGGCAUCUUUAAGGACAUGAAUAUUGCAUUUAUUUGCGAUGGAAACAGAAGAUAUAUGAAGAAGUUUGGGCAGAAAGAUAGAUUUAAAAAGGAUAAAGGUCUUCAUAAGAUAUACGAAUUCAUCAACUUUGGGUAUUUCUAUGGUUUUAAGGAGAUUUCCUUUUUCUGCUUUGCAUUGAACAACCUUAAGAGGUCUCCCGAUGAAGUAAACGGAAUAAUGGAGAUCGUCAAAAGAAAGACAAAAGAGCCCAAAGAAAUAAGCAUCAUGCCGAGAUUCCGUGUAUAUGGAAGGUUGGAUCUCCUUGAAAAGGAUGUUAGAGAUAGACUUGUGGACUUGGAGAGAGAGUCUAAAAGCAACACCGAUAUAACUGUAAACAUCUUUUUCGCAUACUCCUCGGAAGAUGAAAUUAAUAAUGGGAUUCAGUUUGACAGCCGUGUCGACAUACUCAUAAGAACGGGAGAUACAAGAAGAUUAAGUAACUUCAUGAUUCGCCAGGUUGCAAAGGGGACGUCUGUGUUUUUUGCAAAGCCCAUGUGGCCCGAGCUUACAACUGCACACCUCUUCUUGAUACUUUUAAAGCAUAAGCUGGAAGAUAAAUAUUUAUUGAAUUGA